AUGUCGAAAGCAUAUAAUUUCGAUUGGCAAAUUGAAGUAUCACCUCGCCUACUUAAAGGCGAUUAUUUCGAUCGUUGGGAUGAAGAAAAUGGAACAUUAGAACAAAAUUGUUUAUUUCGUGUUGAUAGUUAUGGUUUCUUCAUCUAUUGGCAAAGUGAAGGACGUGAUGGACAAGUUAUUGAAUUAUCACAAGUUAGUGAUAUACGACCAGGAAAAGCUCCAUCUGAUCAGAAAAUUGGUGCUGAUCUUAUGGCUAAUGCACUUAUGUAUGGUCGAGGUAAUAUUGAUGAACGAACAGUAACUAUUUGUAGUGGUAUUGAUUUUGUACAAAUAAGUUAUACAAAUAUAACCGGUGCCGAUCCAGCUACAGCAAAAGCAUGGAUCGAAGGUUUAAGGAAAAUAACACAUAAUCAUAAAGCAAAUAAUAUAUGUCCUACAACCAUUUUACGAAAACAUUGGAUGAAAUUAUCAUUUAUGUUAAAUGUUAAUCAAAAAAUUCCCGUUCGAAGUAUUAGUAAAACUUUUGCAUCUGGUAAAACAGAAAAACGUAUAUUUGAAAUUUUAAAAGAACUUGGUUUACCAAGUGGAAAAAAUGAUGACAUCGAUCCAACUGAUUUUACAUUUGAAAAAUUUUGUGAUCUGUAUCAUAAAAUUUGUCCACGUACGGAUAUAGCUGCAUUAUUUGAUGAAUUAUCAGAUGGUAAAGAUUAUAUAACAACAAAACUAUUUGUUGAUUGGCUUAAUGAAACACAACGUGAUCCACGUUUAAAUGAAAUUCUUUUCCCAUUUUAUGAUACGAAGAGUGCAUUACGUAUUAUUGAUCGAUAUGAAUUACGUGCUAAUUAUCGAGAUCGUGGUCAUUUAUCAUGUGAUGGUUUAACACGGUAUUUAAUGUCGGAUGAAAAUGCACCAGUUUUUCUUGAUCGAUUAGAAGUUUAUCAUGAUAUGGAACAACCAUUAUGUCAUUAUUUAAUAAAUUCAUCACAUAACACAUAUUUACAAGGACGACAAUUUGGUGGUAAAUCAUCUGUUGAAAUGUAUAGACAAGUAUUAUUAGCUGGAUGUCGUUGUAUUGAAUUAGAUUGUUGGGAUGGUAAAAAUGAUUCCGAACCAAUAAUAACACAUGGUAAAGCAAUGUGUUCAGAUAUUAAUUUUAAAGAAGUUAUUUAUGCUAUACGAGAUACAGCAUUUGUAACAAGUGAUUAUCCAGUUAUACUUUCAUUUGAAAAUCAUUGUUCAAGACCGCAACAAUUUAAAUUAGCACAAUAUUGUGAAGAAAUACUUGGGGAUUUUUUAUUAACAACACCAUUAGAUAGUCAUCCACUUGAACCUGGUGUGCUUUUACCACCACCAAAUUUAUUAAAAAGAAAAAUUCUUAUUAAAAAUAAACGAUUAAAACCAGAAGUUGAAAAACAUCAACUUCAUUUAUUUCUCGAAGGUUUUGAUACAGAAAUCAAUAAUGAAAAUGAUUUAGAUUCAGCAGCUAAUGUCGAAGGUGAAGAUGGUCCACCAAAUAUUGAUAGUAUUAAAUUACGUGAUGAUGAUGAUGAAGCUCAUCCUGAAUUAAAUGUUGAUAUUAAUGAUGAUGCUAAUCGACGUACAUUAUUAAGUCAAAUAAUGAAAUUUAAAGGAUCAGCAAAUUUAUCACGUGAAGAAGAAGAAGCAUUUUAUAAUGGUUAUCAACAUAAAGGUGCAACAACAAAUAUACAUCCAUUAUUAUCAUCACGUGUUAAUUAUACCCAACCAAUAAAAUUUCCUGGUUUUGCUAAAGCUGAAGAACGUAAUAUACAUUAUCAUAUGUCAUCAUUUUCUGAAAAUGUUGCUUUACAACAUUUAAAACAAAAUCCCAUUGAAUUUGUUAAUUAUAAUAAACGACAAUUAUCACGAGUAUAUCCUAAAGGUGGACGUGUCGAUUCAUCAAAUUAUAUGCCCCAAAUUUUUUGGAAUGCUGGUUGUCAAAUGGUUUCAUUAAAUUUUCAAACACCUGAUCUUCCAAUGCAAUUAAAUUUAGGAAAAUUUGAAUAUAAUGGAAAUUGUGGUUAUUUAUUAAAACCAGAUUUUAUGCGUCGACCUGAUCGUACAUUUGAUCCAUAUGCUGAAAGUCCAGUAGAUGGUGUUAUAGCUGCAUUUUGUAGUGUACGUGUUAUAUCAGGUCAAUUUUUAUCGGAUAAAAAAAUUGGUACAUAUGUCGAAGUUGAUAUGUAUGGUUUACAAGCUGAUACAAUACGUAAAGAAUAUCGUACUAAAACAAUUCCAGCUAAUGGUCUUAAUCCAAGAUAUGAUGAAAGUGUUUUUGAAUUUCGAAAAAUUGUUCUUCCGGAUUUAGCCAUAUUACGUAUUGCUGUUUAUGAAGAAACAGGAAAACUUAUAGGACAACGUGUUUUACCAUUAGAUGGUUUACAAGCAGGUUAUCGACAUAUAUCAUUACGUACAGAAGGAAAUUUUCCAUUAUCAUUACCAACAAUAUUUUGUCAAAUUAUUCUAAAAUCUUAUGUACCUGAUGGUUUAAGUGCAUUUGUUGAUCAAUUAAAUAAACCAUUAUUAAUAAAACGAAGUGAAGAAUUAUUGAAUGCAACUUCUAGUAAUUCUUUUGAUAGUUGUUCAACAUCGACUAGUUCAUCUAUACGACGAUCACGUAUAAAUGAUUUAAAUUCAACAUCAAAUGCUUCAAUAGAUACAAGAACAACUAUAGCAACUGUUCCUAGUACAAGUUCAAUAAGUACAUUAUUAACAACUGAUACAACUAAUGUUUCAUCAUCAUCAUCAUUAAAAUUGAAAACUUCAGCAGAAACAAUUAUUCCAAUAACAUUAGAUUAUUUACGUGAACAUAAAAGUUUUUGUAAAUUAAAAACAAAACAAGAUAAAGAAUUAGCUUUAAUGAAAAAAAAACAUUCAAAAGAACAAAAUUUACUUUGUGAACAACAAUCAAAAAUAAUGAGUAAAGCAAAAAAUGAUUAUGAUAAAAUUAUACGUUCACCAAUGAUACAAAGUGGACAUUCAAAAAAAGAAUUAAGCAUUUUUUCUCAUCGCUUAUUUAAAUUCUUGAUACUAAGUAAUGGUGGUAGUUUAAGCGAAGGAAAAGCUGAUCCUAGGUUAAUGGAUUUAAUUAAUGAACAGAAUGUUGAAUGGACAUCACUUGUGCAAAGACAAUUAACAGAAUUAAAUGUAGUACGUCGACAACAUACAAAAGAACAAUGUGAUUUAUUACUUUUUUUACUUGAUGAAACACAAAAAAUACAAAUGAAAGAAAUAACUGAAAGACAUUCAAAAGAAAAGAAAGAUCUUGAAUUAAGUCAAGUACGACAAAAUAUUGAAGAUAGUAAACGACUUGGUUCAGAAAAGAAUAUUAGAAAUAAAUCAGAUUUAGAUCGUCGAGUACGUGAAUUAAAAUCAAAUAAUACAAAAAAAUUUUUAGAAGAACGAAAAAGACAAAUGAUGAAACAUGAUCGAGAAAAAGAAAAUUUAGUUAAAUCACAUGAAAUACAAAAAACAACACUUACAAAUGAAAUUGAUAAGAUGCUUGAAUACAGUAUCAAUUAUCAAGAUGAAUCACCAAUGGCUCGAUUUCCAUCAUCAACUAUGGAUGCAAAAUUUUCACGUUUACAGAAUUUUAUUAAUGAAUCUAAUAGUGAUAAUAAUGAUAAUAUUCAAACAUGGUCUCGAGCAAUCUUUUCACGAGACUUAUUUCAAACAAAUAUAAAUCGUGUACAAAGUUUUUUUAAUAAACGUUCAGAUGGUCCACUAACAUCAUCAUCAUCAAAUACAGAUGAUAUACAAAUAUUAUUACAAAAAGGUGACAAUGAUCCUAUCUUACCAGCAUUGACUCGUAAACAACGUAUUCUGGGUUUUAUGAUGUGUCUUGUUAUGGGUAUAUUUUGUAUGUCAUUGUCUACAUUUUAUAUUCCAGUAAUUGUAUUCAAAGCAAGAAAAUUUGCUUUACUAUUUUCAUUUGGUAGUCUUUUUUUUCUUUCAAGUUUUUCAAUGUUAUGGGGACCAACAAAUCAUUUAAAACAUUUAACAAAUGCUGAUCGUCUUCCAUUUUCUAUAUCAUAUAUAGUUACUCUUAUUUGUACAAUAUAUUAUUCAGUACGGGUAAAUAUGUUCGAUUGUUGUUUUUUUCUUUGA